AUGGGGUUGUCUGACAUCGUGGUGCCUGUGGUGGCCUUCCUCCUCACUAUCCUAGAGGUCAGCUUGCGCCAUACUCUCAAUGUCGUUGGGUGGGCCUCGCAGACCUACCCGAAUGCUUUCCAAGCUAUCCUCGGACUUGUGCUUGCGUACUUAGCGUACAAAUUCAUCCGGAAAGUGAUCAGAAUAUGGCUAGACUUGAUCGUUUCCAUAAUCAAGACUGUGAUGUUCCUUUCAAUUGCAGUGGUGCUUGGAUUGGUGUAUCUUCGAGGAUUUUCCAAGCUAGUCAACAACGACUUGCCGUACUUCAGAACGUUGUGGGAUAGCUACUUCAGCCAACCUGAGCCGUUGACCGGCUCUGGAACAGGCUACUGGAUUUUGGACACCAUUGGCCAAUUCACAAACACCAAGCUCGACCAUUUCAUGGCCAAAGUGAAGGAACCAUUGCAGCAUGCCACCACCACUGCGACUCCCGAUUUCGAUCCCUACGGCUACGAUCCCUCGGAUUACCUCAGGUACGCCCAGGACCACUUCAAGGCCUCGCAAGGUGGCGGUUUGUUUGAUAAUUUGGCAGCCUAUUUGAAUGAACUCUGA